CCCGCCCCGGCAGCUCAGUCAGUCCAACCUGAAGAGAAGGCGAGUCCACGGCUAAAAAUAUAAUAGCUAACACAAGAUGGCCGGUUUGCCUCGUAGGAUUAUUAAGGAGACACAGCGGUUGAUGGCAGAGCCUGUUCCAGGGAUCACGGCUACACCUGAUGAAGGGAAUGCACGUUACUUCCAUGUGGUCAUUGCAGGGCCUCAAGACUCUCCUUUUGAAGGAGGCACAUUUAAACUUGAACUAUUUCUUCCAGAAGAGUAUCCCAUGGCAGCUCCCAAAGUGCGAUUCAUGACCAAAAUCUACCACCCCAAUGUCGACAAACUGGGAAGAAUAUGUUUAGACAUUUUGAAAGACAAGUGGUCUCCAGCCCUGCAGAUCCGUACAGUGUUGCUAUCUAUCCAGGCAUUAUUAAGUGCUCCCAAUCCAGAUGAUCCCCUGGCAAACGAUGUUGCAGAGCAGUGGAAGAAAAACGAAAGCAAUGCCAUCGAGACAGCCCGAGCAUGGACCAGACUCUACGCAGGCAGCUCUAUGUCUAAUAGACCAUCAGCACGCUGACUCCCGAGCAUGGACCAGGCUCUACGCGGGCAACACUGAAGUAUAGAAGAAGAGAGACGAGGCGUCUGAAUGUGAUCCACAACAUGUACUCCUAUUCUGUCAACAUUUGAAUUUUACGGACACAAAAAAAAGAAAAAAAAAAGAUUAUAAGUCCAAAUCUAUUUGAAAGAAAUGAUGAGAUGUACUGCUGCAGACCUCUGGGUGACUUAUUUUCCUCUCUAAGACGCGUUAAGUGUGUGUUAAUUUUUUUUUUCCUUGUGUUGCUAUUUAAAUGCAUGGACAGAGAAUGACACCCUCCCCACUACAGUCUUAAGAAUAACAUGCAAUAUGUUGUCCCGAACUAGGCACAUACUGGUACGUCUGCAAAAUAUACAUUAAAGCUGUUCUUCUUUUAACACAUGCGUUAUUUGUGUACACAUCUGUAUGGCUUAUGUUAGAGACAACAUGUUAGUUCAACACAAAGAGCACGUCCAGCUCUUUUCUCCCCACUAGUAGUAAGCAGGAGAGGAAUAAUUCUCCUGGGAAUAUGGUGAUUUUUUUGGAUUAUGGCCCUUAUAUUAAACAAGGAGGUUAGUUGGAUUUCCACUUUCACAACACUGAAUCUUAAGUCAGUGGUGCAGCUACUGUAGUUCAGCAGAAUCUCAAGAGCACACAGGGCACUUAAUACUGAGCUCAGAGGUGAAACUCAUCACCAUAUUUUUAUUUUCGCACAGCAAAGACGAUCUUAGUUGUCAAAUUGGACAUAAAAGCUUGUAAAUUUAACGGGUUACACACAGGAAGUGCUCCUUCAACCCCCGCACGAGCCUCUGAAAGAUACUGUAACCGCAGCAGUUUUAAGGAUUGGACACUGAAAAAAAACAGGAGGUCUCAGUUUUCAUCCACAGAAGUCUGAGGGAUGUUCAUUCCAUCGUUUUUACUGUAAAAUACUCUUGAAGAUGCCCUGACGGUUGUACACAAGAUUUCAUUUAACAGCUUCAAGUCCAGGGCAUGUGUCAAUGUGUGGCCCAGCAGAUGUAAUUUUAUCUGUUUCAUUAAUCUUAACAUUGGUCUUGAGUUGAUGAAAUACACUGUCGUUUAAUUUGGGUGUUUGAACCAAUCUGCUGAUUUAUUGUGCUGUCAUGUUCUGUUGAACAGUAUAAAAGUUUGCCACAGCUUCAAGGUUUUCUUCCGUCUGUCAGACUGUGUGGUUUCAUCCAUGGCUUCCUCACAUCUGCACACGUUUCAGUAAAAGUCUCUUCGAACCCUGUCGGACAGUUUGGGGAGGGUGAGCAGGUUUCUUCCACACGCUUUAAAAAAAAAAGUCAUUUCCGACACAUUGAGAACGUAGAAUGAUUGUGCUGGAAAGGAACUGUACACUUGUUGUUGCAGACUAUUAAAAUGUGUUGAAAAUGUCCUUUUUUAAUGGUGUGGAACGUUCAGAUGUUUGUUUUUACUUUUUUUUAACUGUUUGUCCAUGCUAUCUAUGUUGCCUGUUCUCUAUUUUAUUUUCAGUGUUACUUCAUUAAAAAAAAAAAAAAGUUAUGUACCAUAAUACACUGAUACCAGGACAGUUCAAACUAGUUUUCUUCGGGGGGUGUUUGCAAGAGUCGAGUCGUCUUUAAGGGGAAAGGUUUUUUUUAAAGGACUCGUCAUCGCUUAUAGAGCUGUUUGUCACCGUGAUUUACCUGUGUGGGUCUCACCCGCUUCAUUGCUCUUUUUGUGAUACUGAUCAUGAUGAUUAUGCAAAUUAUGACUGAUUGGGUCAUUGUGGUUGCGGAAAAUGUGAUAUUCCAAAUAAAGGUAUUCCAGAUUAAAAGUUCUUAUCAUGCUAUUACAGAUUUUAUAUUUGGCUCAAAAUUGCACACAUGAAACCUUGUGUCCAACUCUAGAUUUGUUGACCAGUAGAAAAGAAAAACAACCCUUAAACUUUCCUUUUACGAGAUGCUGUGUUAGUGGGAUCAGUGUGACACCAUCAGACUGACGUGAAUGGCUCAUUGCCCCGUUCAUUCAGACCAUCUGUGAUCAUGUUGCCUCUACAUGGCUCAUCUGAGGGAGGACUGUAACAUUAUGCUGUAGUAAAACUAUUUCUGUUAGGCUUUUUUUUUUUUGGUUCAUCUUGUUUCUUGCUUUUUAUUGGAGUAUCACAGGCUUUGGUGUUGCUUAGAUUUGUUUGUGUCCUGUCCUCACCCAGAAUGAUUAACUAACUGUUUCUAACUGCUACAUUUACUCAAGUCUGGAAGAUGGAGCACGGCUUAAAACCUGGUUAAUUUAUUGUUCCCCUGAGGGACUUGACAGUAAUCUAAAGCAAGAUACAGUCACUCACUGGAUUUUUGAAGCAUCUAGAUCAAAAUAUUGAGAGAUCAAACUCUGAUUAAUCAGCUCCCCAUGUG